AUGGAUCAUCGAACGGAAGCAAACCCGGAUACCCGGGAAGAGGUAGACCUCCUCAUUUUCGACUAUCUCCUGUGUCUUACAAUCGAGAGAGUAAUCAACGAUGGAGGCGAGACCUCCUCUAGCGGCAACUCGGACGUCUGCUGGCUGAAUAACAUGCUGGAGACCCUUAUGAAGGUGCUUGCUCUACCGGAGGUACCAUCUGUCGAUCUACGAAUCAAGGCUCAGAUACUCCAACUUGCAAAUAUCCUCAGCAAACCUCGGUCCCAGACGAACUCGACACAGGAGGAAGUACCCCAAGAACUGCCCACAGCGCUCUCCACAGUUGCGACAAGCCUCAUAUCACUAUGCGAUGCUGCCGAGAAAAAGAAACUGAAAACCCACGGAGCAAGAAUUGCUGUACUACUGAGUGCUUACACGGCGCUGGAAGAAUACCAAUUCCCCCAAAAUGGAUCGUCUGAUAAGCUUAGCGAAUAUCCAACGGAGAUAUUGAAGGCUGUGGAAUUGCGACUCGUGGGUAAUAAUCCAGGGGCCACUCGCCCAGCAAUGGUUCUACAUAACCUUAGAUCCGCCAUCCUGAACGCCCUAAUGGAUAUUAUGAAAUUACUGAAUCCCCCGAUACUAAAUCAGAUCGAGAGGGGCAAGGUUGGUGAGCUAAGUCGAGCCGAGACACACCAAUUGAGGGAGAAAAUCGGACUCAGCUAA